AUGGUAGCACCCAUCCAACACGAAGCGCUGGCCGAGCAUAUUGAAGCCAUACUCCGGAACCCAGAGGCCAUGAAAGACGAGAGGCUACGACGGCGUCUAUCCGAGGGCGGUCGCAAGCUCGGUAUCACUCUAGAGGACUCCGGUGCUACGCUGCGCAGAGUCGGCUACGCGCACUUUCAGAGCGCACUCGCUCGUACCGGCAUCGAAGCCGGCGUAUUUGCCGUUUUGGAGGCUGAACUAGACAGACAGUUCACCAAUGGGGAGCUGGCAGAGAAGACGGGGGUCGACCCGAAGCUCUCAAAGAGACUGUUGCGCUAUUUCCAGUCUCAAGAUAUCGUUUCUCAGCCCAGUGUCGAUGGCUACAGGACCAAUAACGUGACGCGGGUUCUGGGAAGCAGCGGCUACGGCACUUCGCUACUGUUCUUUGUGAAGGUCAUGGCCCCGGCCGUGAUGGCAAUCCCAGACUUCCUCAAGAAGCAAGGCUACAAGGACCCCAACGGGGUGACCCCGGGCGCUUUCCAUCUGGGUCAUCGCACCGAUAUGCACCCGUUCGCCUGGCGGGAAGGGCGACCAAGCGUAUUCGACGUCGUAGACUUCGAGAACGACUUGGCGCGGGGGGCGACGAGCUCGACUCCUCUGUUCGUGGACGUCGGUGGUGCCACGGGCUCCCAAUGCGUUGCCUUUCGGCGGCGAUACUCCAACCUAGUCGGGCGUGUUAUCCUGCAAGAUGUGCCGCAAGUCGUGGAGCAGGUUAUGGCGCAUCCGCUUGACGGCUUUGAGAACAUCGAGGUUGAGGCGCAGAAUUUUCUCACGCCGGAGACGGUGAAAGGGGGUCGAGCGUACUACUUCCGGAACGUGCUCCACGAAUGGCCCGACGAGAAGGUCGUCGAGAUCCUGGUCAACGUCAAGACGAGCAUGGCCGACGAAUCGGUCAUUCUCAUCGACGAGGCUGUCCUUUCAGAGCGCGGCUGCCCGUGGAGAGCGGCGCAGCAGGACAUGGAGAUACUGGCGGCCUUCUCGGCAUACGAACGCACCGAGGCUGAAUGGAGAAGCCUCGUCGAGGACGCAGGGCUAAUGGUACGCGAUGUGCGAAAGUACACCGAGGAGUACGAAGAUACCGUGAUAGUCGUGGGUCUUACAUAG